GUCGUCUUCUUCGACGAAACCUGAGAGAAUCUGAAAGUUAUCUUAUUCUCUUAGAUAAGUCACUUAUUUUAGCCCAAUUGUGAAUUAAAAAAACAUAUACAAAAUCACAAAAAAAGUCAUCUCAUUUUUUCAAGAUUACGAGAAUCUUAAUUCAUCUCAAAAAGUAAUCUCACAAAAAGUUGGAAUCUGAGUAUCUCCGGCUCCGAUACUCCAUUAUCUGGAUUCUGUUAAGGGAGAAGGAAAAGUUUCAAUCUUUUUAUUGGAUUUGUCUGAGAUGAGUUGGCUUUGAAUCGAUUGGGACAAAAUCGAACCGGUUUAGAAGCAAAGUUGGGUUGAUAUGAACAGUCUUGUUCGAAGGAAACAAGUUGAUUCUGUUCAUCUUAUCAAAAACGAUGGACAUCUUCAUCAGCUUGCCAAGAAACUAUCUGUGGUUGAUCUUGUAGCUAUUGGAGUUGGGACGACGAUUGGAGCAGGAGUGUAUAUUCUUGUGGGAACUGUAGCUAGAGAGCACACAGGACCUGCUCUUGCUGUUUCAUUUUUCAUUGCUGGAGUUGCGGCUGCUCUCUCGGCGUGUUGUUAUGCUGAGCUUGCUUCUCGCUGUCCAUCUGCUGGGAGUGCUUAUCAUUAUGCAUACAUAUGUCUUGGAGAAGGGAUUGCUUGGUUGGUUGGUUGGGCACUGGUGUUGGAUUAUACAAUUGGUGGAUCAGCCAUUGCCCGUGGAAUAACUCCGAAUCUGGCAUCUUUUUUUGGAGGUUCGGACAAACUUCCUGUUUUCCUAGCUCGACAAACCAUACCUGGACUUGGUAUUGUGGUUGAUCCAUGUGCAGCACUGUUGGUUAUGAUUGUCACGAUACUACUAUGUUUUGGGAUAAAGGAGAGUUCAUUAGUACAAGCAAUAGUGACCUCAGUGAAUGUUUGCACCUUGGUUUUCAUCAUAGUAGUUGGUGGAUACUUAGCUUGUAAGACUGGAUGGGUUGGAUAUGAUCUUCCGAGUGGGUAUUUUCCUUUUGGAUUAAAUGGGAUACUCGCUGGAUCUGCUGUAGUAUUCUUCUCAUACAUUGGAUUUGAUACUGUAACUAGUACGGCUGAAGAGGUGAAAAAUCCUCAAAGGGAUCUUCCACUGGGAAUCGGGAUUGCAUUACUGAUAUGCUGCGUUCUGUAUAUGCUUUUAUCAAUAGUUAUUGUUGGACUAGUUCCAUACUAUACAUUGAAUCCUGAUACUCCUAUCUCCUCUGCAUUUGGAGACAGUGGGAUGCAGUGGGCAGCGUACAUCUUAACAACUGGGGCAAUAACUGCUCUAUGCGCGAGUUUGUUGGGUUCUCUUCUUGCACAGCCACGAAUUUUCAUGGCAAUGGCAAGGGAUGGAUUGUUGCCAGCUUUCUUUUCAGAAAUUAGCCCACGAACUCAAGUACCAGUGAAAAGUACAAUAGCUAUUGGUGUGCUGGCUGCUGCACUCGCAUUUUUCAUGGAUGUUGCACAGUUGUCCGAGAUGGUUAGUGUAGGCACUCUAAUGGCAUUCACUGCCGUUGCAGCCUGUGUGCUAGUUCUUAGAUAUGUACCACCAGAUGGAGUUCCCCAACCAUCUUCCUCUCAAACUGAUACCGAUGAAAGUAGAGCCGAAACUGAAACGUUUCUUGUGGAUGCUGUAGAAUCUUCUGAUUCCCCUCUUCUUGGCGACGAAACAGCUCGAGAUGAGAAGUAUUUUGGUAAGAGAAGAAACAUUGCUGCCUGGAGUAUAACUCUUGUGUGCAUAGGUGUCCUAGGUCUUGCUUCAGCAGCUUCAGCUGAGCGUCUUCCAAGUUUUCCUCGGUUCACUAUAUGUGGUGUCAGUGCAGCCAUCUUGCUUGGGAGUUUGAUUACUCUUGGCUACAUCGAUGAGGAUGAAGAGAGGCACAAUUUUGGACACAAAGGAGGGUUUCUUUGCCCAUGCGUCCCAUACCUUCCAGUUCUUUGCAUUUUGAUCAACACCUACUUGAUCAUCAACAUUGGAGCUGGGACAUGGAUCAGGGUCUUGAUAUGGCUACUUAUUGGAAGCAUGAUAUAUCUCUUCUAUGGCCGAUCUCACAGCUUAUUGAACAAUGCGGUUUAUGUUCCAACGACGACUUCUACCAGAAAAACAACAGAUCAUCUUGCCUGAAAUUGGUAGUUCAUUGCAGCAGCUGAAGGGACUCCAGCUCAAGCUUUGUUGUUGCUGAAGGAGAGUCGGAAGAGAAUUACACAGAUGGCACAAGAGUAAACACAGGCCAAUACAUACAACAACAACAUUUCAUGUAUAGUCAUUGAUUCUUAAUGUAUAUCUCUGGAAAUGCCAAAUAUCAUUUUUUUACUUUUCCA